CGAAGAGCUGUUGGUGCGAUAUGCUCGAUCCGAACGGAAGGCCACCUAAUUCCGAAAGAAAAGAAAUUGAUACACCUUUUGAUAUCGGCUUGUCACCUUAUUUGCAAAAGUCACGGGAGAAAAGAAUGAAGAGCCGCUUUCCGUUGGUUGAGGACACUUUACACUUUUGCAGGAGUUAGGUUCUCGGUGAAG